AUGGGUUCUCGAAGUGACAGUCCCGCUCGCCAGUUUCACAAUAUCUCGUCAGCACCGCGUGAUCCUCGCAUCUUCAGCCCCGUUCCAUCCAAGGCGGAGCAAAAUAUCGAGCGUUUUGCCUCGCUCGGUCCCGAGGAACAGAACUUGAACGAUAGCAUGCGCGGUCUGAGUCUGGUCAAUCUCCAGAAUCUCAAUCCUGGUGUCGUCGAUACGUACCGGACUGCGAUUCUGGAGACGGUCGGUUUCUGA